CUUCAAACGUUUUUGAUUCCGCUCUUCUAGAGACGGUUAUCGAAUGUAACUUAUUCCAACAUGUCACUGCGCCUACUCGUAUAAUUGCAGGACAAACACCCCAUAUCCUCGACCUUGUACUCUCACCGGCACAAUCAGAUGUCACCGACUUAGCCGUUCUUCAGCCUAUUGGUAAAAGCGAUCACUGUGUCAUUACAUUCCUCUGGACUCGACGACUUACUCUCCACAACCAAGGUCGCCUCCACAGAAAUUUCUGGCGUGUUGAUCCCCAACGCUUACAAACGGCUGCCAGUAGUGUGGACUGGAGUAUGCCCGAAUCCCUGAAUUUGGACGAUGAGUGGAACCUCUUGCACUCCAAAAUGAUUUCGCUUGUUGAGCAGGUCGUUCCUGUCUACAAAAGACCCUUUGCCAGGGGUCCUCCAUGGAAUGAUCGAGAACUGAGGUGCCUAAUGAACAAAAGACGGAAACUGUGGGUCCGAUUUAAGCUCACGCAAUCCGGGUCUGACUAUUCGGAAUAUAAAGUGGCCAGGAAUAUCUGCAACUUGAAAAAACGAGAGAAACGGCAAAAGUACGAACUCGGUUUGGCCUUGAAAUCCAAGACAUCGCCCAAGGCACUCUUCUCUUACCUGAAGAGAAGUACCAGAGCAGGCAGUGGUAUUCCUGCUCUGUAUUCCUUGGCUCAUGUGGGUUUGCUUGACGAUGAUGCUGCGAAAGCCAGUCUCCUGGCCAUGCAAUAUGCAUCUGUUUACUCGAUGGAGACGCCGUUUCCCAGUGACGCGAUGCCAAUACUCCCUUCUUCGUUGGAGCAUGUAGAAAUGAGCGCUGAUGUCGUUGCCAAAGGUAUUCGUGAAUUAGAUCCGAACUCCUCGCCAGGUCCUGAUGGGUUGCACCCGCUGUUCCUCAGGACUGUGGCUGAUUUCAUUGCCGCUCCCGUUUGCCGGAUAUUUCGACAUUCCCUUGAAGUUGGACGGCUCCCGAUCGCUUGGAAAGUGGGGAUUGUUAAACCCAUACACAAAGGAGGGGAUCGUCAAAACCCUGCCAACUAUCGACCUAUCUGUUUAACGUCAAUAUUGUGCAAGGUAAUGGAGAGGAUUCUCAAGCGGGCACUUCUUUUCCACCUCGAGAACCUUAACGUCAUCUCUUGUGCGCAGCAUGGUUUUCGGCGGGCGCGCUCCUGUUCUUCGAAUCUGCUUGUGGCCCGUGAAAGAUGGGCGAAAUCAUUAGACGCUGGGAAACGUCUGGAUGUUAUUUUUGUCGACUUCAGCAAGGCCUUUGAUAAGGUUCCUCAUGAAAGACUCCUUUACAAACUACGAUUAAUCGGUGUUUCUGGGAACGUUCUCUCUUGGAUCGCUGAUUUCUUGGAUAACCGGACAAUGCGAGUCGACGUGAACGAGACUUACUCCGCUCCCGUGCUCAUGACUAGCGGUGUCCCACAGGGAUCGGUCCUGGGCCCAGAACUUUUCAAGAUCUUCAUCAAUGACCUUCCGGCGGAACUUCAGUUGGAUUGCUUGAUUUACGCUGAUGACUUGAAAUUGUGGAUGGAGGUAUCCUGUCUUGACGAGGCGGACCGAUUACAGGCUACACUUGACACGUUACAUGAGUGGUCAGUCAAAUGGCGAUUGCCCAUAAAUCGCGAUAAGUGCUCGGUCCUUCCCAUUGGUGCUUCUGAGCCUUUCGGGACGUAUCACAUCGGUGGGACGUUGCUCAGAACCUCAAUCCUAGAAAAAGACCUCAGCGUGUUGGUGUCAUCUGAUCUACGGACUACACAGGACACGUUACGAAGGGUUGCUGCUGCCAACAGGAUGUCCCACGCCAUACGACGAGCCUUCUCGCGUUUGACUCCGGAUAUCUUCCGACUAUUGUUUACUUCCCAUGUCCGCCCCAUUCUCGAAUACGGAUUACCUGCCCUCUUCCCUCUCACCAAGUUCGAAUGUGACCUAAUUGAGAAGGUGCAACGGCGUGCAUCGAAAUACAUCUUGGAGUUACGGGACUUGCCUUAUCCCCGGAGACUUCAGCGGAUGAAUCUGUUCACCCUGGAUUAUCGCCGACGUCGCGGUGACCUGAUUUUCACCAGGCGCAUCCUGAGAGGAGAGAUGGGGACGGAGCUGCAGGCGUGCUUUCAAUCCAAUCCAAACAGUUCAACUCGAGGCCACAACUGGAAACUGUUUAAACCCAGAAGACUUCGGAUUCAUCCUGCUCUCGCUCUAUCAACUCGCGUAGUCAACGAUUGGAAUAACUUGCCGAAGUAUGUGGUCGAGGCCCAGACGGAGGAAUGUUUCAAGCGAAUGUUAGACUCUUAUCUUUUGAGUACGAUGGGUCCUUGCAGUUUCCAGUGUAGCUGUCAAGGUCCCUUGUGGAUUACCGCAUAACAUCGAAUCGCGGCCUCCACACAAUGAUCGGGAAGCGAUGGAGCUGACAAAGGAUUUCUCCUUCUGCUCUCUACAAUCCUAUGAACCUAUGAACCUA